UGGCUCCUUGCACAGCUAACCGCAACCUAAAGAUGAAAAGUACGUAGCUGAUCAUGCCCAUCACAUGCAUUUUUGUAUGCAUUUGAAUGUUGGAUGCAACUUUUUUGUUACUUUUUUUUGGUUACUGAUUUAAAUCAUAUUUGACCGAAUCGUUUGAUCUACAUCUAGAUCAAACUUAUUAUACUCACUCAAUGGUCCCAAACCGUCUAAAAACCAAGUGUGAAUCAAUUAAGCUAAGCUCAUCGAGUCUGUCAUAAACUACGAAACCAAUUGCCACUGGAUUCUUCUCCACACAUGCCUGCCUCUGUCUCUGCCUCUGCCUCUGAAUUAAAAUGAAGAGAUACUCUCGCAGUUUUACCUCUCUUGGAAAUUGGAACCCACAAAACACAAACAGCCGAUGGAAUUAUUGAGCAAAAUGAUGAACGGAAUAAUUGGCUGUGGGGUUCGGUGAAAAUGCAAGGUGAGAGAGAGAGACUCUGUCAGGCUCCAGGCUUAUUCUUUUGCUUUGCUGAAGCUUUUUCCAUGCAGCGUGUCAGAGUGAAAUCUACUAUUUUUUUUUGAUCUUUCUUUUCUUUUGCUGAAAGCCAUGCAUGGAUUUAUUUGUAGAAAGGCGGGUGGAUCAGCGUGCGUCCCCACCAUUGGCAAAUGGCGAUCCAAUCAAUUUGGCAUUGCUGAAGAUUCUCAUCACUGUUCCUUCUCCAAUGACCUCCAUAUCAGAUCUUUCCGCUGCCUUCUCUUCGGGAUUCUUCCGGACGCACGCAGCUUGCUUUUGCUUUUGCUUUUGCUUCAAUCAGUCCGACGCGAUGCACGGCAGGCGUUCUCUCCAUCGACCUUUCUUCCCUCUCGCUUCCUCUUCGCCGCCCGGUGAGUCACCGCCCGGCUCGUUCGCUGCACCGGACCACCUGCCGUUCUUCUUCCCCGUCUACUCCUCCACUCCGCCGCCGCUGGCGACCGUCGCCUCGCAGCCCACCUUCCCUGCCAGUUUCUCCUCAUUCGCUGGCCCCGCGCCGACCGCCUUCCACAACUACAAGCCCGCCUUCGUCGUCUCUCUUGCUUUCCUCGCUCUGCUCGCCGCCGCCGCGGCGAUGUACUUCCUUCACCGCCGGCGGGGGCUCUGCUACUUCGACAAGGAGGGUGCUCGCUCCGACUCCCAACGGCUGUUCGAUAGCGUCGCGUCCGAUGGCGGCGCUGCACCCAAGAGUUCUCCUCGCGUCUCCUCUGUUUUUGCAUCAAAGCUGUGGUCGCCGGAGCUCCGGCCGAUGCCGUGGCUACCGCGACACGCUCGUGGGCGCGGAGAGGAGGAGAAGGUGGCGGAGGACUCGUCAGGGCGGGAAUUCUACUCGCCGAGGCCGUCCUCGGCUUGGAAGGGGAGCUCCGGAAGGUGGGAGAGCGGGCGGAUAUCGAGCUCCCGGUGGCCGUUGCCGGCAGCAGUGCCCGAAAGGUGCGAAUCCCGCAGCUCGACGCUGGACACGCUUCCCUAUCUGUCUUCGCCCCUGGUCUCGUCGGCGAGGUUCGGAUCGAGCCCCGGCCAUUCGAGCCGGAGAUCUUUAACGUCCAUAUCGGAAAGGAUCGCGCCCGGAGAUUGCCGCCUCACAGCUCCACCGCCACCACCUGAAACUCUGUCUGCAAAUACAAAGGUGGCGACUUUUGAUCUCGCAGCGCACGGACAUCAACAGAGUCACGUUCCCCGGCCGCCGCCGCCACCACCGCCGCCGGCUGGAUACUGGGAGACGCAAGUCCUAAGGCCGCCGCCGACACAACCCAACGAUCAAAUAGCCAUAUCAGACGGCACGGAGAAGAACGAGGACGCCACUCGCCCAAAGUUGAAGCCUUUACAUUGGGACAAGCUUCCCGCCAGCUCCAACCGGACGAUGGUGUGGGAUCAGCUGAAAUCAAGCUCCUUCCGGGUGAACGAAGAAGCGAUCGAGACUCUGUUCGUCUGCAACACAGCCAAGGAGAUCAACAAGGUCCUACCGGUUCUUCUUCCAUCGCCGACUCAAGCAACCACGGCGCUUGAUCCGAAGAGGUCUCAGAACAUUGCUAUUCUUCUGAGAUCAUUGAACUCCACCAAGGAGGAGGUCUGCGAAGCAUUGCUGGAAGGCAAUGCAGAGAGACUGGAAGCUGACCAGCUCGAGAUACUGCUAAAGAUGGCUCCGAACAAAGAAGAAGAACAUAAAUUGAAGGAAUGCAAGGAUGAUUCUUCCCCACCAUUCAAGCUCGGUCCAGAAGAGAAAUUUCUCAAAGCUUUGCUGGAUAUUCCAUUUCCAUUUAAAAGAGUGGAAGCCAUGCUAUUCAUGGCUAAUUUCGAUUCAGAAGUCAAAUUUCUCAACAAAUCCUUUCUAACUCUCGAGACAGCUUGCGAAGAACUACGCGGCAGCCGGCUGUUUCUCAAGCUUCUGGAGGCUGUACUAAAGACCGGGAACCGGAUGAACAUCGGGACGAAUCGCGGCGGCGCACAAGCCUUCAAGCUCGAUACAUUGCUCAAACUAGUUGAUAUAAAGAGCAACGACGGCAAGACCACACUCCUGCACUUUGUUACUGAAGAGAUCAUCAGAUCAGAAGGAGACGCAGUCGAACACCGGAAGCUCGGUCUUCAGGCCGUCGCCGGCCUGGCUCAAGAGCUCUGCAAUGUGAAGGCUGCGGCUGCAAUGGACUCCAAUGUACUCAACGGCUAUGUGUCGAAACUCGCAGGCGGGUUCGGGAAGAUCAAUGAGGUGUUGAGGAUGAAUGAAGCAUUGGGGUGUGAGGAAUACAAUGAGAGGUUUCAUGAGGCAAUGUAUGAGUCCAUGAGAAGGGCAGAGGAUGGGAUCAUUAAGGUGCAGGCUCAGGAGAGUGUGGCAAUGUCAGUGGUGAAGGAAACAACAGACUACUUCCAUGGCGACUCGGCGAAGGAAGAAGCACAUCCUCUGAGGAUCUUUGUGGUGGUCAGGGACUUCCUAGCGAUCCUGGAAAGAGUUUGCAAGGAAAUUGGAAGCAUCAAGCACCACCACCAUGUUUUUGUUAGCUCAGAAUCUCAAUUUCCUGUGCCUGUGAACCCAACUUUGUCAUCUGAGUUCACUUAGUCUCGAUCUGAUAAGGAGGAUAGCUCUCGGUCGGUCGAUCGGUCGGUCGAUCGGUCGGUCGGUCGCUGUAGAUUAUUAUCGGCACCAAGUUGUGUUUGUCUCGGCUAUUCAAGAUUGACUAAGUAGAUGUUUUGAGCAACUA